UCUAUCUAAUUUACACCAGUGUAGUAACAAACCCAUCAUGCAAAACAACCUGAAAGACAUAAAACUACCCAAACUAACAAUCCUAAAAAUUUGCCACGUAAGUUCCCGCCUUCACUUUCCCUCCACCCUCAUUUUGGCGGGUGUCCAAAUUCUUCUGAUUUCUGUUUUUAUAGUUUCUCCCCAAAAUAUUUUUCCCCCAAAAAUAAAUUUUAAAAAUUAGUGGGGUUCACUCAUUUCCCCCAAAAAUCCUGAAUUUUCUAGUACUUUGCGCCUUCACCGAGCCUCUUUUUAUGUCGGUUUUAUUAUCUGCCUCUUCUAUUUAUCAUUCUUUUAUUAUUUUGCCACCCCAGAAAAACAGAGGGUAAAUAAUAUUUCUGGGUUUAUCAAUUUCUCUGUUUUUCUUCAUAAAACACCCAUCUCAUUUAUUUGAUUUUACCCUCUGAUUCAAAUAAAUUAUUCAUAAAAUUGAAGAAUUAAAGGCGAAAAAAUGAAUGAGGCGAAGAAAUUUUGUGCAGAUUGCAAGACCACAAAAACUCCAUUAUGGAGAAGUGGUCCUCAUGGUCCUAGGUCACUUUGUAAUGCUUGUGGAAUAAGAUUCAGGAAGAGGAAGAUGGCAGAUGAUGAUCAACAACAACAAUCCAAUUCAGAAAUGAGGGGAGAAAGUGAUGAUCAAAUAAAUAACGAUCAACUUUUGAAGAUGAAUUAUAACUACGGAGAUAUAGAUGACAUGAUUUUAGCUCAAAGAUCAUCGUCAUCAUCUUCGUCGUCGUCGUCUUCACAGUUGAAAAAACAGAGGAGUAGCAGUGAAGAUAGUAUUAACAGUAGUAAGAGAAAUUUGGGUGAAGUUGAGCAAGCUGCUGUAUUGCUCAUGUCUUUAUCUUGUGGAUCUGUGUUUGCUUAAUGGGGGCAUAAUUUUUUGGAGGGUUGAUCGAUUAAGCUACCUCGGUCCGAAUUAAGUUGUCGUAUGGUAGUUCAAAUUACACUAUUAACGUGACUAUUGUAUUCAAACGGAGGGAGGGAUUAGUUGAUUACGAGUAGAUCUUUUUACUAGUCUAGUUAAUGAUUGUUGUGGUUUAGUGGAUGUUUUUGUUUGAUUUAGGAGAAUGUCCUAGAAAAGCGUAGAGAAGUUUUUAGGUAAAAUGAAAGUGACAAAAGAGGUGCUAAAAAUUCGUGGCUUUUGCUUGUUCGACUUGUAACCUCUUUUGUCACAUAUUAGUGGACUUUGUCAAUAUAUAUAUUCUGGAUUAUUGUUGAUAA